AUGGAGCCAAAGAAUCUAACAGGUGUCUCAGAAUUCCUACUCCUGGGCUUUUCUGAAGAUCCAGAAGUGCAAGGAAUACUCUUUGGGCUGUUCCUGUUAAUGUACCUAAUCACCGUGGCUGAGAACCUACUCAUGAUCCUGACUGUCAGUUCUGACCCUAUCCUCCACACACCCAUGUACUUCUUCCUCUCCAACCUGUCCUUGGCUGACAUUGGGUUCAUCUCCACCACCGUCCCAAAGAUGCUGCUGAACAUCCAGACACAGAACAAAUCUAUCACUUAUGUGGGCUGCCUGACACAAGUGUCCUUUAUUUAUCUCUUUGGAUGUCUGGAAAAUCUGUUGCUCACUGUGAUGGCUUAUGACCGGCUUGUGGCCAUCUGUCACCCCCUUCACUACACAGUUAUCAUGAGCCCCCGACUCUGUGGCUUGCUACUUUUGGUAUCUUUUAUUAUCAGCAUUCUGGGCUCCCAGCUUCACAUGGCAAUGGUGGCACAACUUACCUUCUGUACAGAUGUGACAGUCCCUAGUUUCUUCUGUGACCCUCCACAACUCUUCAAACUAGCCUGUUCUGACAAUUCCAUCAAUACCAUACUAAUGUAUUUUGUUGGUGCUGUCUUCGGUGGUCUUCCAGUCUCAGGGAUCCUUUUCUCUUACAUUAGAAUUAUUUCCUCCAUUCUGAAAGUCUCAUCUUCAGGAGGGAAGUUUAAAGCCUUUUCCACCUGUGGCUCUCACCUGUCAGUUGUUUGCUUGUAUUUUGGAACAGGUGUUGGAGUGUAUUUCAGUUCAGCUGUCUCAACUUCUCCCAGGAAGGAAGCUGUGGCCUCAGUGAUAUACACUGUGGUCACCCCCAUGCUAAACCCCCUCAUCUACAGCCUAAGGAACAAGGACAUAAAGAGAGCAUUGGGGAGGCUUCUCAGCAGAAGAGCAUAUUUUCAACAAAUGUGUCAUAUAUUUUGA